UCCGCGUUGCUGCAAUGCGGCGUCCCCUCCUUCUCCUGUUCAUUUGCAACCUGGUUGCUGCACUUCCUCUACACCUCCCAGGCUUCGGUGAUCAAAAGCCUUUGCUGUCAGUCAGACAUCACCACGCAGCGCUACCAUCCAUACAGGUUCUUGAUCGGAUACCAAGAUCAGCAGAGUUGUUGUUCACCGCUAGCGAUGAUGACGAGAUGAUCCAUAUCUGGUUGCCCCUUGAGAAACGUAUAUACACGCGGGACUAUCCAGUGCUUCCAUUGCACCCAGCCUCAGCGCGGAUAAUCAAUGUAUUGGGCAUCUCGGCCAAAAUCUCAGCCAGGCAUAAGCAGCAGCAAGUUACAUGUAUUAUCAAAGCUGGAGCGAACAGGUCGCAGUUUCAAACGCCGACGGAACUGGAUGUGGUCUUCCGGGAAGGAGAUGGCGGAUUAAGGUUGGACGAAGCGGAUUCCCCUUUAUGUCUGAAAGGAAGAGAGGUUGAAAGUUACGAAUGCUUC